CGUUUCAGAUGAAUUUAAUUUUAAGCUCCACUUGGUCACAUCAUCCAUCCCACACACGUUGUACAUUUCGUUUGCAUCCCAAACUUUAAUCGUUCGUCGUUUCCGUUUCCUCUGUUCCACAGACAUUGCAAGAACAACAACGUGAUUCAGUAAAAAUAUGUCUGACUGGUCGGCACAAGUCAAUGAACAGGAGCAGGGGUUGGCUAUGCGGGUGAGUGAGAUGACCCUGAAGAAAAAUGAAAACACAACCACAUUGAACCAGAAUUCAAACAGCACCCCACCAACAGCUGCCCCUAAUCAGAGUUCUACGACUAUAUCAUCAUCCACAACAGUGAAGCCUGCAGGAGAUACUCCUGACGAAGAUGAUGUUGAAACCUCAAAGGAAGAUGCUUCAUAUUUGCGUAAAAUUCUUCGAUCUAAAUUGGUUACCACAAAGACAGAUCUUGAAGUGUUGAGGAAAGACCCUCGUUCUCCAUUGUAUUUUGUCAAGACAUUCAAUGACUUGAAUCUAAAACCUGAACUUCUUAGAGGUGUGUAUGCAAUGGGAUUUGAUGCUCCUUCAAAAAUUCAAGAAACUGCUUUGCCAACUUUACUAGCCAACCCCCCUGUAAACAUGAUUGCGCAGUCUCAGAGUGGAACUGGAAAAACAGCUGCCUUUGUUCUCACCAUGCUAAGUAGAGUAGAUGUUAACCUCAAAUACCCUCAGUGUCUGUGUUUAGCACCUACGUAUGAAUUAGCCAUUCAAAUUGGUGAAGUAGCUAUCAAAAUGGCUAAGUUUAUGACCGAUGUGAAAAUCGGAUUUGCUGUCCGAGGAACGGAACGAGAUAAAAUCUUUACCGAACAAAUUGUUAUUGGGACUCCCGGAACUGCAUUGGAUCUUGGUUGGAAAUUUAAUGCAUUUGACUUACAAAAGAUUUCAGUUUUUGUAUUAGAUGAGGCUGAUGUAAUGAUUGCAACGCAGGGCCACAAAGACCAGUCCAUCCGGAUACAACGACAUUUAGGAGAAUGCCAGAUGUUACUAUUCUCUGCCACGUACGAUACCGAAGUAAUGAAAUUUGCACAAGACAUCAUCCCAAAUCCUGUCACGAUCAGGCUGCGCCGAGAAGAGGAAUCCCUUGACAAUAUCAAGCAAUAUUACAUUGAAUGUCAGGGCCAGGAUGAUAAAUUUAAGGCCCUUUCCAACAUCUACGGUUCAAUAUCCAUUGGACAAGCUGUUGUUUUCUGUAAAACUAGAAGAUCAGCCUCUUGGUUAUCCGAAAAGAUGAGUCGUGAUGGCCAUGCCGUUGGCUUGCUAAGCGGAGAGUUGCCAAUCCAUCAGAGAGCUGACAUCAUCCGACGUUUCAGAGAAGGGAAUGAGAAAGUGCUGAUUACAACAAACGUUGCUGCCCGAGGAAUCGAUGUUGCCCAAGUAACUAUGGUUGUUAACUUUGAUCUGCCAACUUUGCAAGAUGGUAAACCGGAUUUUGAAACUUACCUUCACCGUAUUGGGCGUACUGGAAGGUUUGGCAAGGAUGGAAUUGCUCUGAACAUGGUCGGCAGAAGUAGCUUGAACAUUCUUCAUGAAAUAGAGAGACAUUUUGCACGAACAAUCUUGAAACUUGAUGCCAAUGAUGUCGAUGAGUUGGAGAAGAUAAGUGAGAACUAACAGUGAUUCAGUUGAGACAGCAUUUAUUGAAAUACAAAAAUAAAUCUAUGUAUUUUUUUCCCUACCAUAAUACCACCAUACAUUAUAUUAAAUUGUAUUAUUGAAAAAAAAAAAGAAGUGUUCCACUAUUUCUUACAAUUCUUUUGUAAAUCAGUCUUGUUGGCGAGAUGAAGCUAAGCUCAGUACCGUAAAAUCUGAUGCUUAACUCUUUGCCUCCAAAGUCUUUUCAUAAGUUUGACCCAAACAUCCAUGCUCUUGUUUCAUACGUCCUGAGUUAAACAUAUGCUUUCCUUCCAUAUGUCCCAAGUUACUCUGGUGGUUGAGAUCUAAAAUUAGGAAUGUGUAUCAAUAUAUAUGAUGUUACGGAGGCUGGGGAAAUACAUGGGACAGGCAAAAGGGUUCCCUUUAACUCUUUGCUUGUCUAAAGCAUUUUCACGAAUUUGUUUUAAACAUCCAUGCUCGAUUUCAGACUUCUAAUUGGACCCUGUUUCAUACAUUCUGAGGGAUAUAAAAUUUCCCUAGGACCCAAGUUACUCUGGCUGUU